AUGACAAAGGGAAGAGGCAUCAAACGUAGUUGGGGAGGCCAUGGGGGCAUAACUAACAAAGGAGGAGAAAACAACAAGCAGCCACCAGACACUUCUCAGAAGGAUGUUAGUGAAUCAUCAAUUCCCACAUCUCAGCAAGUUGGUUUAAACCAGUGUAUUGUCUCAUCACAUGAAACCAGUGUACAUACAUCUCAAGAAGCCAAUGCUCAACAAAUAACUACUCCUGAAAAUGUUGGUGGUCAACAAGAAGCUCCUACUUCUCUAGAUGUUGGACGACAAGAAACACCUUUUUCUCAGAAUGUUGGUGCUCAACAAGAAACUCCAACUCAAGAUGUUUCUCCUGAACAAACACUCGAAUCUUUUGAAAGUAGUAAUCCACAGGACAGACAAGAUACACUUGGUGGCAUAAAAUCCUUGAGAGUAAAUGGAGAUACAUUCUGCCCACAUGAGGCUGUUCGAGAUAUGGUGUUAGCCUUUAAAAAAAGCUUCUCUGGACCAUGGCAUUGUUGGAGCAAAGUUCCAGAGCAUGUACGAGACAAAUGGUUUAAUGAUUUUGAGAAGGAACUAACUGGUAAAGAGCUUCAGAACGAUGAAUUAUUUCUAAUGACUCACAAAACCAAAAACGAAAAGAAGUGGAUAUGUGGAAAGUCAGAAAGGAUGUAG